UUACUCCCGUAACAUGUUCUCCAGGGUCCUUUGCGGGCUCUGUACAGACUGUACUCCGUAUGAAACCAGCUAGUUACCAGGAGAUGUUAACCGCCUCAAGACGAUACGAUACUGUAGGGCAAAACGUCGCCACCUCACCGUCAAAGUCUGUCCCCCCGUGUUUGGUAAUGUAAAGCAUCUUACGCCUUUCCCGAUUGAGGCUAGCGCAGAAACUCUUACUCAGCUUCUCGAGGCUUCUUUUGCCAUCCCCAUUCCAAAGAUCAAUAUCAAUAUCAACCUUCAACCUGCGUCUUUGUUUGUCUGUCCAACUCCAUCCUUUUCGCCUUGUAUACCCUCUCUCCUGUUUCUGCCAUAGCGAAACUCCAUCCCUUUAGUAGCUUCCACUCGUUGCUAUUUCUGUUUACGGAAUCCUUUUUUUUUUUUUUUUCUUUUAAAUCGAUAACUAGCUGCUACAAGCGCAACUUCUCUUCUCACAUUACAAACCUCCAUCUACAAUAUAAUAUGUCUGAAGAUUGGGACUCCGUCACCCGUAUUGGAAGCAGAGCCCGCGGUGGAGGCGGCGGUGUCCGGGAGACAGUUGUCAGAGGGCGGUCUGCGUUGAACGCGGCAGCCCGAUCCGGUGCCAUCAUCGGGACAGAGAAGAAAUAUGCUACUGGGAAUGCCGCAUCCAAACCCCGCGUAGAAGGACAACAUCUCACCAAAGUCGACCGAAGCGAUGACAUUAUCCCCCUGCAAUCCGUCGGCGAAGAGGUCGGGAAGGCCAUCAUGCGCCGCCGCAACGAAGAGGGCUUCAAAAUGACACAGAGGGAGCUCGCUGCCAAAUGCAACACAACACCGGCCAUCAUAGCUGACCUGGAACAGAACAAGAAGGGCGCGGAUAAAAAGAUCCUACCGCGGAUCGAGAACGUGCUUAAUAUCAAGCUCACUGGGCGUGAUAUUGGGAAGGAAAAGUUUCCGAAGAGGAAAUGAGGGAUUACUGGAGGGUGAGGCUCUGGGUUCCAUUUUUUUCAAAUGAAGUUUCUCCUUUUGGGCUCUUUUUUUGGUAGGGACGGGAAAGGGAAAAAUGUUAUACGUGCUGUGAAGGAAAUGUUUUAUUUGGGAUUUUUUGAAUUGGGGUUCCAUUUUUUUUUUUUUUUUUUUUUCCGUCUUUGCCGCUCUCUUUUAGCUUGCACUUAUGAUGAUAUACACGGGGCGUGGGCUGGAUUUCGGAGAUGUUAGAAAGAAUGGGAAAUAUGACAAAAAAAAUUCAACGAUGGUUUAUGACCAUAUUCCCCCUUUAUCUUCUCUAUACAAAGUUAAUAAUCCAUGUUAGAGAGCGUUCUUCGAUCUUUCUAUAUACUUCUCAAAUCAGAUGGGGAAAAAAAAGGAAUAGACGCUUGAGGAUAUAGAGGUAUAAAACGGUAAAAUCAAAGCGGUAUGAAUCAGUUUCAGUAAGCACCAGCGAUAUCUCCCUUCUGUAGAGAGAGCGUUUUUGAAACAGGUGCCACAUUCUGCCAAAAU